CCGUAUCGUAUCGCACCGGGGCAGAGCAACCAGCCAACCCGCGAAGUAGUACUGAGUACUGAAUGGAAGGUCUGGAUAGGCAGGCCACGCGCGCACACCCGUCCCUUCCUGGGCGGCAGCCGGCAGGCACCCGUCCCCCACCCACGCUACCAGAGUUCGCCGGAGAGGCGGCCACCUGUCGAGAGGGAGCUUCUCCACACGGCCACCGCAGCGGCAACCACCCCCACCACCUGUCCUGCUCCCCUCCUCGUGCCGCCUCGUCCUCUUUUUAACGGGUUUCUGACGCACGGGGGGCCGCCGUCAUGUGCCUCGCCGCCGCCAUCGCGUCCGCGUCCGCCUCACCCGCCCGCUGCCUGUCGCCCUCCUCCGCCGCGCUCCCCCGCCGCUUCCUCCACCACCUCCUCCUCGCCGCGACUCCUCCCCGGCCAACACCGCCCCCGCCGCCGCUGCGCUGCAUCCCGUUCCACCGGAUGGCGCAAUUCUGGACUCAAGGAUCACUGGACAAGAACAAAGCUCUUGUCGAAUACCUGAAGCAAUAUGGUGCUGUUAGAACUGAUAAAGUGGCUGAAGUAAUGGAAAGCAUUGACAGAGCAUUGUUCGUAGCAGAGGGCCUUACUCCUUACACUGACAGCCCUAUGCCUAUUGGUUAUAACGCGACGAUAUCUGCUCCUCACAUGCAUGCGACCUGCUUGGAGCUACUGAAGGAUCACUUGCAGCCAGGAAUGCAUGCUCUAGAUGUUGGAUCAGGCAGCGGUUACUUGACAGCUUGUUUUGCAAUGAUGGUUGGACCAGAAGGCCGUGCAGUGGGGAUAGAACAUAUUCCUGAGCUUGUCGCUGCUUCGACUGAGAAUGUCCAAAGAAGUGCCGCAGCACAAUUACUGAAGGAUGGAUCUCUUUCUUUCCAUGUUGCAGAUGGCAGGCUUGGUUGGCCUGACGAUGCACCAUACGACGCCAUUCAUGUGGGCGCCGCGGCACCGGAGAUUCCUCAGCCUCUGGUCGAUCAGCUGAAGACCGGCGGCCGGAUGGUCAUACCCGUCGGCAGCUACUUCCAGGAGCUGCAGGUGGUCGACAAGAACGCCGACGGCUCGGUGACCGUCCAGAACGACGCGUCCGUCCGCUACGUCCCUCUGACCAGCCGCUCCGCUCAGCUGCAGGAUUCCUAAGGUCGACGGCUCUAGGAGGUCAUGAAAACACAUGUAAAUAUCUCGACGCUCAGUCUACUUGGGUAGUUGGGUAGUUUGAUUAGUGCUAAUUAGUUUCUUCUAACGAGGUUGAGUAGAUGGUUUGGUCUGAGACGUUCAGUCAUGGUCAUCUGUCAGAUGCUGUAGAUCGAGCGUGAGCUCUGAGCAAUACUCGAUAAUAACCAAUAAAAGUACUUCUUAGCCUUUCAUAUA